AUGGAAUCAUGGAGGUUCUGUGGCAGCGCCCCCCCGCCCCCAGUGCUCAUCGACUCCCACAGUGCUUCUCUCCAAUUUGUGUCUGAUGUCAGUGGAACAGGAAGCGGAUUUGUUGUUAGAUUCCGAGGUGUCGAGGGAAAUUCUGUGCCUGCGUCGGGAUGUGGCACCGUGGCUCUGGUCCAGGAUCAGAGGGCCGUACACAGUCUCAACUACCCACAAUCCUACAGCAACGACUCUGUCUGCCACUGGGUCAUCUACGCCCCCAAGGGUCACGUUGUCAAGCUUGACUUUGAUGACUUUGACCUGGAGCAAUCGGAUGACUGCGAGUAUGAUUCACUGACUGUUCUUGGAGAUGUGGAUACAAAAGAGGAGAUAGCGGUGCUGUGUGGUAGGAAUGUGCCUCCCCCCGUCCUGAGCUAUGACAACGUGAUGGUCCUCCAGUUCACCUCUGAUAGCACGGUCACCUACCGAGGCUUCCACGCCACCGUGUCAUUCAUCAGUAAGAUCGACCUGCUGGACGGGGAGUCAGAGGAUGACACUGUUCACUUUCGACACUCACUGUCAGACUCGUGUGGAAUGCCUCAUGUCCGUGCUGCCUCGACCUCCAGUGAGUCUUUGGAAGGAGAGGGGACAUCGCGACACGCCUGGCCCUGGGACGUUCGGCUCAGCAUGAACACUAACAACAUCUGCUAUGGGGCCAUCAUCCAGCCUGCCUGGGUCCUCACUGCUGCACACUGCCUUCUAGGCCUGGAGGAGGACCAAUCAUUAAGGUCACUGUUGGUGGAGACGGGAGGCCCGAAUAACCAGAGGCGUGGUGUGAGGAAGCUAGUGCUGCACCCUCAGUAUGACCCCUCCUCCCAGGACUAUGAUGUGGCCCUGCUACAGCUGGACUCCCCGCUGCUCAUCACUGAGCAUGCCUUGUCCGUCUGUCUGCCCUGCUCGGGACCGGAAGUCCCACACUCCCAGGUCUGCAUGCUUUCAUCGUGGGAGAGUCAGACAGGUGGACCAUGGAACAGCACUGUUGAGCCGCUAGAGGUGCCACUUGUGAGUCAUGCUGACUGUGAGCGUUAUAACACUGGUAGACUGACCCCUAGAAUGCUGUGUGCUGGGCCGCCACAGCAUCGUGGACAGGACACGUGCACGGGUCCAGGUGAUUCUGGGGGAGCACUGGUGUGUCAGAGAGAGGACUCUGGUUACUUUGUCCUGGGAGUGAGCAGCCGAAAGGAGGGCUGUGGGAAGUUCCAGAGGCCAGGAGUCUACACCUCAGUCCCCAUGAUAACAGACUGGAUCCACGAACAACUCCACGAAGAUUCAGCUGACUCCUCUAGAACCCUGCCAUACCAGAAGCAGCAGGAGGAGCUGGCCUCCAGCAUAGAUUAUGAUGAUAAUAACUAUGGAGCGGAGUCAUCUGGAGAAUCCUGUUAGCCUUGACCCGCCUAGCUUGAGGCUGGAGGACCAUGUGGUAUUCUAACGGAGUCAAGCUGCUUUUUGAUGCUUGCAUAUACCGCUCAGAAAUGAAGCAGACACAGCGGUUCUAACAGAGACAUGAUUUGAAAAAGGAACAUCCAAUCAGCACAAAUUCCAUGGAUUUGUGGGAAGGGCUAUGGAAACAAUUGUAUUUUCUCCUCUCUCUCU